UAUCAAACUUUAUUAUCAUUAUUUUUGCGGAAAUUACACCCAUCGAAUUUCGUGUAUUUUAAUACAAAAUAGUUAAGUCAGUGUAAACUAAACUAAAAAGAACAAAUCUGACAGUUGACCCAACGCCGCGCACGUUAGGUUAGAUUUAAAGUUUAUCGCUCACCGCCCUGGGAACUUCUUCUGGCCAAUAUGUUUAUCAAACCGUUCAAAGUCAAGUCCAAUAAUCAAUUAAAAGGGACCGAGAGAAAAAAGUUAUGCGAGGAAGUAUUGGCGGCUUAUCCGAGUCUGUCAGAUGAAGAGAUUCAGUCGUUGUUACCCAAGAAGGAAUCCAUCAGCGUUAUGAAGAUAGUUACACAUGGUGGACAUAUGGCCAAAAUAUAUUGUGUGGCUAAGAUACCUAUGUUCUUCCAAUUAGAUUCACAGACCACAGUAUUGUUUCCAACAAUUUAUACGCUGUGGUGUCAUCCGUGUUUAUUGAACACCUUUACUACACGUAUGCCAGUCAUAUCCAAGUUAGCAGGUGGUGCUGAUCUGAUGUUGCCUGGAUUAGUCCUGAAAGAACCAUUGACUUUUUACACUUUUGGUAAAUUGUCCAAGGGCACUCCAGUGUCAGUCAAUACAGAAGAGAAUAAGGCUUCUGUUGCUGUUGGUAUCACCGCACUUUCCAGUGAGGACAUGUAUAUGGCUGCUGGUCGUGGCAAGUGUGUAGAGGUUUUCCAUGUGAUUGGCGAUACUCUAUGUCAGCUGGGUAAGCCACCUUUGAGACCGGAUUUGGGACCACCAUAUAUUGAGGAUUCCACUGACACAUUGGAGAAUACUGGAGAAUCAGAUAGCCAGCAGACGAAUGUAGAUCAAGCUGAAGUGUUGUCAGAUAAAUUAGAUGGAUUAGAUAUCGACGAGAAUGCGAGUGAAGUUGUCACAGAUGAGACUGAUACUUUGGAGUUAGAGGAACGCGUAGAGGACGUGGAAGAUGUGAAAACGGAAGAUAUACAAGAUCCAGAUGCGACUGAACCCGAAGUAGCACUUGACCCAGUUCAGGAGAUGGACAGGUUACUGGAGUAUUGUUUUCUGAAAGCAUGCAAAACAUCAAUAAAGUCCAACGACCUGCCGAUGCUGUCGUCUAGCUUCUUCAAGAAUCAUCUACUGGCCGCUUGUCCGCCGAGUAAGAACGUCGACGUGAAGAAGUCUCGGUACAAAAAGUUGUCGGUCUUCUUGGCGGAGAUGAAGGCGAAGGGGAUCAUCAAUACGUCCGUGACGAAAGGCGUGGAGACGUUGUUGUCGAUCAAGUUCGAUCAUCCCCUCGUGAGGAGAUUAGUCGUCACUGAGGAACGAGUCGUAGCCGAACCGGUGAUCUCCAACAGCGCCGUGGUCUCGGAAUGCUACCGCGUGACCGCCGACGUUUUGCCAGUCUUAUCGAAAUUCGGAUACGAAAAGGGCGAUGUGAUGAAGAGAGCCGAGAUCAGGAAGUGCUUCACGGAGUACGUGAAGGCGGAGGAUCUGCAGAAUGGAAAAACGUUAAAACUGAAUCCCCAACUAGCUGGGAUCAUGCGUACCAAAGUGCACCAGGAGACGGUGACGAUGGAAGACGGGAUCAACAAAUUCAUCGGCCGCAUGACGCACAUGCACGAAGUCACUCUCGCGGGCAACACCUUACUGCACACGGGCAAACUGGAGCCGAUUGAUAUGAGGGUGGUGGUGCGAUCAGGCGGCAAGAAGGUGACGCUGGUCAACAACCUGGAGACGUUCGGGAUCAACUCGAAGGAGUUUAGCAAGGAGUGUCAGAAUAUCGGCGCUAGCGCAACAAUCACCGACGAUCCCGGCAAAAAGACACCCAGCGUCCUCGUUCAGGGCAAUCAGAUUUUAUACGUGUACAAAUUGCUCACAGAGAAAUACCAGAUCAAAAAGAAUUACAUCAGGGGCUUGGAAUUCGCCCCGAAGAAACCGAAUUUUUCGCAUAAGAAGUAAACCUGCCUCGUGAGAAAACAGGAUUUUUUUCUUGACAAUCAACACGCGCCAUCCUUCUCCUCUCUUUAUAGUGUCUACUUUAUGAAACGAUUAUUUGGCCGAUCUCGUCAACGACAAGUUGUUGCUAUCAUUGUUGGUUUUAAUCGUUGUAUAGAACUUUUUUCACGGAAGAUAUUAAUUUGUACAAUAUCGUGUACCUUACAGAGACGAAUUUAAUUGUAAAGAGUUCCACCAUGCAGGGAUGUUACAACGAUGCUGAUGUGUCUCACUUGAAAAAAGACCUGUUUUCUACUGUAUGUUGAAACAAAACGAAAGAUACGACUCUUUCUACUAAGAGAAGAAGCCAGAUGUUACGGAUAAUUAUGAAAUAAAACAAAUUCACGAGCAA